AUCUGUCUUUGUUACUGAACCUGCCGAAUUACCCAAUGGAAUUCAAGGUUAUAGGGUAAUCACCCAGACCAAUAUGACCGAUGUCGAUAAGUAUAAAAGGCAUGUGAAUGUCGUUACCAAGCGUUAUAGUGACUUUGUGAGGUUGCGGGAUUAGCUUAGUGAAGAAUUCCCGCAAAUUACUAUUCCUCAGGCCCGCGAUGUAGUAGGAUUUAGUGCUAAGUCCAUUGAGAUGCAAUGUCGUGCUCUAGACGAUUUUCUAAAAUUCUUGGUUUCAACAAGUUCUUCUCUCUACAAUAGUGUAAGUUUAAAGAAAUUCUUGGUGGCGGAGACAGUGGCUGCGGCAGAUGAAGAGCAGUAUGGGAAGUGUGUUCCUCGAAUGGCAGCACGCUUAUCUACAGAUUUAGAAGAAAUCUUGAUUUUUGUCAACAAAAUGAAAGAACAAAAGAUGGCUGGCAACAUGGUUUUGCUUGAUGGUGGAAAUUCGCUGUUGCAUGAUGCAACUCUAAAACUUGGGUCAACUUGCAGAAUAAGCGGAGUGCCCUCUAGUGAUGGUACAGACAAGGUGUCUUAUUUCUGCUCAAUAUCUGGAUUGGAAGAGCCGCUGCGGGAUAAAAUCAAGGAGGGUUUAAGGAGGGCUACAGGUCUCCAUGUAGAGCUGAGCAGAAAGGUCUAUGAAGGAGAGGUCACUAAGCUCCAGCGAAAUUAUACCGAUGAUAGCAACAACACUAUUAGGAGUAUCAGCAUUGAUCUGGCAACUACCCAAGAAACAAGGGAGUUACUUUUGGGCGAACUUUAUUUCGAUGCUCUGGAAAAGGUUGAAGUUGAAGACUCCAUAGUCAUUGAUAUUCAGAGCGGAGCAGUUAAAAAUAAAGGGCCCGUCACUAAUACUUCUUCAAGAACCAACUCACCGGACGAACCAGACCUCGAGGCACCAAUCGCACGAGGCAAUAAUCCACAACCUGGAGGAAAGGUUCUGAAAAUGAUAAAGACAGCCCAGAAUGUUUCACUUCAUGAUCUUGAUGAAGCAAUAACUACACGGAGGAAAGAUGAAGGUAUCUAUUCUUUUUUGAUCAGUCAGAAAGUAUCAGCAGCCAAUAUCGAUGAGGUUGUGAAUAAUCUUGUUCACGAAGGAUUGGCAAAGCGUACGUAUUGAAUAUUAUAGAUUUCUGAGGCAAAAAUGCUGGAUUUUGAAUGUUUUUUCUCUCAUAAAUAAUGCUUUGGAGAGCUCGUGUCUGUCAGUGUGUUUAAGUGCUGCUCGAGGAAUGUGUAGAUUUAGGGGAUCAGAAAUAUUUAUCCCUACUGAAAUACCUGGUGUAAUUUUUCCUCGUAUGAUUAUAAUU